AUGUAUAUGCAAUACUCAAACCAGUUUAUGAAAGGUGGGGUUUGUGCAUUGUUUGUUUGUAUUUUGUGGUUGUCAACUAAGGAUCAUUUAGCUAAAGUUUUUAUUGACGAUCCAGAAAUAAUCAGCCUGGUGUCCAAAGUUGUACCCCUGUGUGUCGUAUAUUCAUUCUUUGAUUUCACUGGCGCCGUAUGCAAUGGAGGUCUGCGAGGCGCCGGUCAUCAGAAGAUAGGAGCCAUUGUUGGCUUUAUAAGCUACUAUAUCAUAUGCCUACCAGUCGGAGGGUACUUGAUGUUAAAAACAGAUUUAGGAAUAAUUGGAUUGUGGUCUGGUAUCACAUUAGGUCUUAUGGCGCAAGGAUCAUCGCUUUUGAUUUACAUGAUGAAAUUAGAUUGGGAUCUUGAGGGCCACAAGGCGCAAGUCAGAGCUGGUGCAAUAAAAUUAGAAUGUCUUUCGAAUUCCUCAAUACUGGAAGGAAAUGAACAGUCUGAAAUGCAACAGCUAAACAGUGAACGUCUUGAUCAAAUACAGGCGGACACAAAUGGAACAGAAUUACGACGGAGCCUUUCCACAGACACAUCAAACCACAAGCUUUCCAUGGUUGAUGAAGUAUCGGAACAGGAAACAAAAGAAACACUCAUGAAGGCUGAACUAUCAAAUGAGAAAACAGAUAUAGAAACUGUCCCGCACGAGACUGAUAUUCGAUUGGCUCGAGAUGACAUUAGGUUUUUGGUGUGCAAGCGUCUUUCCUUAUUUCUUGUUUGCCUCACAAUUUUUAUAGUCGGACUUUCCUUGGGCAUUUUUUUCCAACCGUCCUACUGUGAAAAUUUUGGUAAAUAUGAUGCAGUAAAUAUAACACUAAAUAAUGAAUAUAUGUAUUAUGAUGAUGAUUGCAUCCAGUUAUAAUAGAUACCAAUUUUUUUUUUUAAGUUCUUAAAGGUGAGCUCCAAGCACAUAUUUUCUUUUUAUUUUUUGUUUAAUUACUCUCAAAAAAUAAUAUUCACCCAUAUUGGGGAGUGUGAUAAUGAGUUUGCUUAAGGUAAUAUAAGAAAAAUGAAGGCCCAUUUUCAAGUGGGGGUAUAGCUAAAAUUACAUAGUCAAAUUCAUAUUCUUUUACACACAAACUAGCUGAAAAGGAUGCUUUUUGAAAUAGUGUUUGUGUGAUAGCCGUACCAAAAAUAGUGAUAAUUAAUUAUAAUUAAUUAAUUAGUUAAUUAAUUAUUGAUAAUUAGUAACAUACCAAAACAGUAUGUUUGUAUUCUGGGAGUAUGUCUGUAUAAAAUUAUACAGUUACUCCAUACCUUUAAUUUUCAAUGGUAUUAUUUAAUUGAUUUUUUAAAAUUGUAGUUUAAUAUUGUAUGUACAGUUUAGUCUGUGUAUACCUUUUUUGUCGGUGCUUGUUUAGAUGUGUGCUUCGUCUUUAGUUAAUUUUAAUAUUUAAAAAAAAUUUAAGUUUAACGCACCACUCUUGUGUGCGACGCCGUUCCAAAGGCGUAUGUUCGCAAAGUUAAUUAAUAAAUAAAUAAUUAUUCUUAUGUGAAUUUACUUAAAUUUGUCAAUCCUGAUGUUAUGAAAAUUUGUUUAUGAAAAUUACUUCUUCCAAUGUUUCCCACUUUACCCACAUACCAAUUUUGUACUACAGUAGCUAGGGAACCUAUGAACAGAAAACAGUUUCUGGGAGAUUAUUGCUUGCUUACAGGAAUACGGGAGGCCGUCCAGAUUUCCGAGAGAUUCCUAUGAGUUACGAGAGACUAUGGAUCCCUAUUAUAAGAUCUUGAUUUUUUUUUUUCAUCAUGGUUUCUCAAAAUAUCUCUUCAUAUCAUUGUACAAUGUAAGAAUAUAUAGAGAAAAUCUGUGGCUGGAGCUCCACAUUAAGAAAAAUUGAGAAUUUAUUUUUUAAUGUAAUUUAUUUUAUUGAUUCCAUUGAAGUAUAAUGUUUGAGUGAAAGAUAAAAAAAAAUCAGAUUUUGAUUAUGAUCAGAAAAUUUUACCAGUUUUUAACUCAUGGUUCUGGAAAUGUUUGUGUAGAAAGAACAUUUAUGUCAUUUUAGUCCAUGGGGUAGGGGAUGGGGAGCAGAACAGAAAGUUACCAAAAAUGUGCACUCCCUCUUUUAUACCUGUCAUAAUUUUUAAGUUACCUUUAUGUCUGAGAUUCAAGAAAUGCCUUGUUGAUUUGCAGUUGAUAGUGCUUGUAAAAUUAUAUACAAGAUGGGUGUCUAUCAGUUGUCAGAGUUUGUAGAAACAUUUUUGAAACACAUUUUCUACAUUCUUGGUGUGAAAUACAGUAACAUUUGUGCAUUUUACCAAAUGAUAUAAUCUACCAAAAUAUCCCAUAAAGUAGCAUAAUUUAACUAUAAAGGUACCCAUCUUUGAUAUUGGUUUACAGGUGCUGUCAACUGAAAAUUUCUUGGGUAACAAGGUAUUUAAAAGCUUAUAUAUAAUAUAGGCAACUGAAAAAAUAAUGAGUUUAAUUUUCUAUCGAUUCAUUACCUAAUUACAGUAUUAUUAAUAUUAAUAAGUAAAUUGUGUGCUAACAUUAAACUUUCAAAUGGUUUUACAAUGUACGUGCAAUUUUUUAGCAAGAAAUAUUAUGAAGCAUAAUAUAUGUAUGGGAUGUAAGGUAUUGUUGAAUUUUGUUGCAGUAUAAUUAUUUAAUAUGAUUAUAAGUCAGGGCCUAUUUUUUAUUUUUUAUUUAAAUUUAUUUUUCAUCUGCUACAAGUAACUACUGUAAUUAAUUUCAGGAUGGAAGUGAUUUCCUAUAAACCAGUGGCCGCCAUUGGAUGGGAGUUGGCACAGGGAGGUGGCCUUGCUGUAGAGAGCUUCCCCUGCGCUAACAAAUCCUCAUGGAGAAACGCAUUCUUAUGUAUUUUCAAAGGUUAUAAGAGUAGCCUUUCAAAUCCCUAACUUGACUUAGCUUUUUUAACCUUUGCUCCUCAACCACUGGAUGACCCCUUCUCCCACCCACUUACGUUUCCAUAUAAUACAUCACCCCUUCCCCCAUUUGUCAUAUCCUUGCACCACAACUUGCCAUAAAAAAGGCUCUAGAUGACAUGAGAGACUAUUUCUUUUUAUCCUGGUUUAACAGGAUUCUAACCUAUAGUACCCAGGCUGGGAUUAAAGGUAGCUAGUGCAUCUUAAAAAAUGGAAUAAGCUAUCGAUUCAUUGACAGUGAUUGUUCUCCAUCUACUCCAUAGUUGGGGACUCUGAUGGAAGUUUCUCAUGCAUUGGCUGCUUUAAAUGUAAAUAUAUUAAAAUUGUAUACGUACAUAAAAUAUUUUGCUGACGUCUUAAUCUAUUCCAAAGAAUAACCAUGACAUGAUUUGUAUAUGCACCUAAUUAUUGUAAAUUUUAUUUUGUAUAGUAUGUAGCUGAAACUUAUUUUCUAUGACAAUACUGUACCUAGAGUAUGAUACGGAUUAUAGUAUGGACAAUUUUUUAUCUGAAUACAGUAUUUUUCGAUAGACUUAUGAAGUUAGAAAAAGGAUAUACCUCAAUUUACAUAUAUGUAUGUAUGUAUAUAUUAUAUAUGUAUGCAUAUAUAUAAAAUAUAUACAUUGUUUUGUAGAGCACUCUUAUUUUAAGAUGGUGCAUUGUUUAUAUAAUACUAUUUUGCAAUUUGCAUAGCACACUCAUUUUGGGUUUGUGCACUCUUGUAUUCAUAAUCAGUGUACCACGUCACACAGGGCUGACCCAAGCUAUGUUUGAGUCUGUCGUGUGUUUCAUUCUUGAAAUCCUCAGCUGCACUGAUGAGAUCUAACAAGAUCGAAACGGUACUGUCUGCAUAUGGCACCUCUAGAUAGCCAAAAAAAAAGCACUAUGGGACUUAAGUUUGAACAUUUUUGUCUCCAUUUUUUAUAAUUUUGAAAAAUUUACACCCCACCCACCCCUUUUGAAUCUGCCACUGGAUUUAUGGUUUGAACGUGUUGUCUAUAGCAUUAGGUGAAGAUAUGUAAUGAGUUUUUAUUGAAAUAAAAAAAAAUACUUACACAA